AUGACAGAAAAAUACGGGAUAAUUCCAAGUAUGGAACACUACGCAUGUUUGGUGAAUCUUUAUGGAAGGGCUGGAUUGAUUGUUGAAGCUUACAAAGUGAUUACUGAUACAAUGCAAUUUGCAGCAGGUCCGACUGUUUGGGGAGCUUUAUUACACGCUUGUUAUGUUUAUAAGAAUGUAGAAAUUGGGGAAAUUGCUGCUGAAAAUCUGUUUGAGUUGGAACCCGAUAAUGAUCAUAAUUUUAAGCUUUUGAUGCAGAUUUAUGGGAAAGUGAAACGUGUAGAUGAUGUGGAAAGAGUUAGAGUGAUGAUGGUUACCAGAGGACUCGAUUGUUAA